GGCGUCAUCACACGCACGAGCGCAGUCUGUUUGAAUCGUUGGGCAGACCUGUCUCACUUCACGGAGUUGUUGAUCUGCAUUUGAAAACCUAUUUAACCACAUGCUCGUCUGAAUCUGUAUUUUACGCACUAAACUUUAUAUGGACUGCGCGCUUUGCAGCAUUCUGCGUUUAACUCCCACGUUUUUAUCCUCGUAGAUAGUAGUUAGAAUUUUGUGGUGAGAAAAUGGCAACGGACGAGCUGUCAUCGAAGCUGACCCGUCGGCUGCAGAUCGAGGAGGGCGCGGAGGAGCCGGUGGCCCUGGACGGGGAUCAUCAGAACGGAGCGCACGACAAACCGACCACGGCCAGCGCGGACUCGGAGCUGGGGGCGAAGCUGCAGCGGCGCGGGGAGCUGAACGAGGGCGUCGGUGAACAUCAUCAGCCCAGCAUGAAGGUGUUAAACCCUUACACCGAGUUCAAGGAGUUCUCGAGGAAACAGAUCAAAGACAUGGAGAAGAUGUUCAAGCAGUAUGAUUCAGAGAAAGAUAACUUUAUUGAUCUGAUGGAGCUGAAGCUGAUGAUGGAGAAACUUGGAGCACCUCAGACUCAUUUGGGGCUGAAGAACAUGAUCAAAGAAGUGGACGAGGACCUGGAUGGCAAACUUAGCUUUAGAGAGUUUCUUCUGAUCUUCAGAAAAGCAGCUGCAGGAGAGCUGGCCGAGGAUAGUGGUCUUCAUGUCCUGGCACGUCUGUCAGAGAUCGACGUAUCAACUGAGGGUGUGAAGGGAGCCAAAUCAUUCUUUGAGGCAAAAGUGCAUGCCAUUAAUGAAUCUAGCCGCUUUGAGACAGAAAUACGACAGGAGCAGGAGGAGAAAAAGCGCCAGGCAGAGGAACGGAAACAACGACAAGCCGCUUUCAAAGAGCUGAAGUCAGCCUUCAAAUAACCACGCCCAUCUCGACACCUUCAACAUCUUCAUGUGUCUUUCUGUCUGUUGAAGCUUCGUCAGAGAGCGCCAUAAUAAGAGAUACUAUGCAAGGCUGUGAACCCCUCAAAGACCCAUGCAGAUUCAUAUUCCUGAGAGAGAUACUGUAGUGUAGUUUUGUGUUCAUGGCUGGAUCUCACUCACGUCAUUUGUUAAAUCAUUUUAUUGUUGCUUCUUCUGCUCUCUCUAUUGCUCUCUGUCUCUCAGGCUGUUUUAUAAUGUGAGGCCAGGCACUGAUCUCAGUACACUGGAUUGAAUUUGUUCAAGUCUGUUUCAAUCGCAUGUGUAAUGUUGUACACGUACUGUUCAGUGUUCAGUGUCAGUGUUGUUUUAGCUUGAACGGCUUGUUUCACCUCACUCGUGUCUUGUUCUCGUUAAUGUUAAAACGUGAUUUAAUUCCAAGGCUUUAGCAGACAGGAGUUUUAAAAGGUUUUUAAUGAAUUGAGCUUGUACUCUUAGUGUGCCAUAUCCAACCACAUCAGUCUGAAACAUCAUUUCCUGUGGCAGCAAAAAUUCUUUUUACUGUACCGUUACUAAUUAAAUUGACAUCACAGCGGGGUAUUCAGAGCAAAAAGGGGGUUAUAUUUUUACCGAAUGGAGAGAGGGAUGUAGAGGUGGAUGUGCAUGUGGGGUGAUGAUUGUAAUGGAGGAAGAUCUGGUGUAAUGGGUAAUGGAUGUGGGCGUUUCUAUUUUUUUGCAUGAUCACUGUGAUGUCAUUUUCCCUAAAUGGCCCUUUAAUCUUACAAUCGCAAAGAUGAAAAAUUACAAUGAUAAAUCAAAAAAAAAUUCAAUGUUAUGUGUGAAAUCGAACAGCUGGCUCUUUUCUUGGCUAUUUCUUAGGAUUAUUUUGACAGCUUGACAGUGUUAUGUGUCUUGUGUGCAUGACAUACUUUAAGGGUUGGUCGGAUGCCAAAUGGCUGAGUAGAAUAUAACUUCUCAGCUUUAUAAGUAUGGCCUGCUGCGGUUGAACUAAAUCAACCUUAUGACCAACAUUACAAGACUUGCAUACACCUCAAGCACAAUGAGCACUGCACUGUUUGAUGUAUAAAGAAAUAGGCAUGGCUCAUAAAGCCAGUGCAUGUUAUUCAUUCUGCGUUAAAAUGUAGGUAUUGAGUUUUAAAAACAUUAGAGAUUUCGCCAACAAACAUCUGAAAAAUAAGGGAACAUUUUACAAUUAUCCACAGGCAUGCAUUGAUAGACUUGUGGUCAUCUCAUUAAUGUUAACAUGCAGUACACUGUGGCAAAGGAAACUGAGAUGCUAUGUAUAAAGAAAAUUCUAUAUUUUCAUGUGAUGAAAAUGAUAAAUAAUUUUAGUUUUGUAUGGAAAGGGGUCUCGUGAAGAGAAACAUUUUUAUUUUCUCAAUACGAAUUAGUUUGUCUACGAUAUUGUCUUGUUUUUUCUCUGCAUAAUUCAGAUAUUCCAUAAUCUAUCAUACAAGUAUAGAAAGGAUUCCUUUCUAUACUGAAGGUAGUAUUGUUGACAAAUGCUUUGCUUCGUGUUGUAGUAUAUUCUUACAAAUUGUUUCUAUGUUCUGAGUCACUGGUAAAUAGUCUUGUUUGUUCUCUAGUUCUGUUGGAACAAUCAAUGUAUGAAUAUUUGUCUCCCUAUCUUCUGUUCUUAUUGUAUAGCCGUCUAUAUUUUCCUUUUAGUUUAUUUGCUGCUGUUCCAGUUUAAAGUAUUUAGAAUAUUGGGUAUUAAAGGGUAAAUGUAGUAAGAUACAUGUUAGUGUUUGGUGAAUGAGAGUCAGAGACAACAGCAAAUUGAAUUCUGUUGAAAGCCAUAAACCAUUCUGUCAUUCCUUUUUGAGGGAUUUUGGCUCUUUCGUUGUUAUGUCGUGCCAAAUGUCCUAAAUACUGUGUUAGGUGCAUCAUUCCAAUGUAAGUAUCCUUAAAACCCAUAAUAACAUUUCUGAUCAACAGCUCAAAAAGAAGGUAAUCUAAAUUAGUAUUAUAACAUAUAAAAGCUUCUUAGAAUUUGGUCUAAACAUCACUGAUGUACAGUGUUGAGUCUAUUUUAACCGUUGUUAUUACACUUAAAAGCAAGCAUUGGGUAAUAAGUCAACUAAUAAAAACAAAAAUAUUUUUUGAUUCAUAUUUAAAAUUGCAUAUCUGAAUUAUUCCCACAUGGCUUGUGCAGUAUUACCUGAAAGUAAGACAUUUCUGCUUCCAAGAAAAUCUCAUUCCAUGGCAGACAACUCAGAAAUCUUAUUUUUUAUUGUAUUGGCCAGAAAGAUGAGAUACAGUAGUUUCUUCAUUCCAGUUAACUGAGGAUGGUUGAAAGGACCUUGAACCAUCUUGAUUCCACACUGUCAAUCUCAAUGUCAGUUUAAACUAUAGUGGCUAUGGUAUUAUACCUUAUACAUGCUAACACAUGUUGAUAUGUGGCUUCUAUAAUAUGCACAUUUAUUUUGGAUUUUCUUACUAAAAUGUAUAAUUAUUCUUGUGACAAUAAAAUACUUUUAAUUUGCAA